AUGCCGCACCACAAACCAGACGAGUUAACGGUCGCUGAGGCCAGAAAGGAGGUUCAUAAGGCAACUACUUGCACAUCUCCAACACCAGCACAGGAAAAACGCGGCUCAGCCUUGAUAAAUUUCUUCUCGUCCUUUCUUGGUCCCAAAAACCCACUCGCGCACCCAGCAGACCCACGCAAGCACACCGUGUGGCUGCUAGACAAUACAGCGUACCAGCCGGUAAAUGAGGAGACAGAUGAGAACCAGUUGUGCUGGCACGCCGAAGUAGUCGCCUGUAUCUUCGAAACGGAAGGCCGGAAAGACGUGGGCAACCUCGUCGCCGCAAUCGCCGACUACAUCGGACUGGACGGUGAUGUAGGCGGCGACGACGAGACACGCCGACGUAUCGCAGAGCGCGUCCAGCCUUUCCUCAACCAGGUCUCACCAGCGUGCACGGUCACGCUGCAGGUACCCCUAUCCCGGCCGGCGCAGUCGCACGGACUCGGCCCGUCCGAUCGCAACGGCAUCGUCAGCCAGACGAUUGAUAUGGGCGAUGUGAGAAUAUACGACGGGGCGGUUGUGCGGCCGCGUCUGCAGCAUUUCGGCGACGAGGCUGUGUCGAUGACCACGAAUUUUGCCGUGCCUGAGGGCUGGCUGGUCAUCUCGGAUAUUGACGAUACUAUUAAGCAUACUAUGACGCUUGAGCCGACGGGGGUUAUUCGCACGACGUUUGCGGAUGUCCCUGAGCCUAUUGCUGGUAUGCCGGAGCUCUAUAGAUAUGUUCAUGCUGAGCUACUUCCUGCGUGGUUCUAUCUCUCUGCGUCGCCGUAUAAUCUUUACCCUUUUCUGCACGACUUCCUGGAUGAACACUACUGUCCGGGUACGCUGGUGCUGCGCGAUUACUCGUGGAUGGAUAUUACGGGGCUUAUCAAAUCGUUCACUGAGAAGACGCAGGAAUACAAGGUUGAUCGGAUGGAGAAGAUUCGGCGGUGGUUCCCGCGUCGGAGGGUGCUUUGUAUAGGGGACUCGACGCAGAAGGAUCCAGAGGCUUAUGCGGAGAUGUACAGUCGGCAUCCUGAGUGGAUUCAUGCUAUCAUUAUUCGCAAGGUUAGGGAUGUGGCGCAUAUGGAAGAGAAGAAUGAACCGGAGAGGUUUGAGAAGGCGUUUGAGUAUGUGCCAUCGCAUAUUUGGACGGUCUUUGAGGAUCCGGAAGAGUUGUAUGAUUUUGUUGAUGGGCUGGGUAUGGAAGACCAGGCUUUAUAG